CCUUAGUGUCCGCUCCCGCCCACCAGAAUCACAUCUGCCCCCCUAAAGCACCACCCGUCAGCCAGGCUAGUCACAAUCCUGUUACCCUCCAGGAUCCUCCGAGUCCCUCUUGACAGGAUGGGCCUCCUGCUCCUGCUCACCUACUCGCUCCUGUCCUGCUACCUCCAAGCUGGGGGAGUGGUAACCGCACAGCUGCAGAGAUCAUUUACAAUAAGAGGCAUCACCCUGUCCAUCGAGCCCAGCAACGAUGUGACCCGGGACACUAAUGUGACUCUGAGGUGUCAGGCCGUGGUCAGCAGCUUUGGGGAGGAGGCUCUGAGUAGAGAGUACACCAUAUUCAAGGAUGGAAACAGAGUCUACAGCAAAACCUCCAGCAGCUCUGAGGAUCUUCUGUAUCCACUGCCACAAGCCAGAGUCUCCAACAGCGGCAAAUAUAAGUGCAAAAUCAACAUCGGGGGCAAAGAGGAGACCAGCAGCGUGCAGAAGCUCACAGUUACAGGCUUGUCAAAACCUGUUCUCCACCUUAACAACGAUGUGGUCAGAGAAGGGGAGGAGAUAGCAGCCAGGUGUACGGCCCCCGGUGAGACAGGAUCCAUUUUCUUUUACUUCUACAAGGACUCCAAAGAGAUCCUGGAGAGGCAGGUCAGCUCCAACCAGGCAGAGGCCAAACUUCACCUCAGCAACGUGGGCAGCCACAAAAUUCACUGUGACUACAUUGUCUUCGCACUCCCGGACUCCUUCAAGUCCAAUGGAAGCGACCCCACCACAGUUUCAGUUAAAGAGCUCUCCAUCACACCAGUUUUGGAGAUUUUUCCUCAGUACAAAAUCUAUGAAGGAGAUCAACUCACAAUCUCAUGCUCAAUCACAAACUUCCAGGACAAGCCUGAAAAUAUUCAACUCUUCCUGAGCCAGGGCACCAAUAUCCUCAGCCUCGGGGAAUCCAAAGUCAACCACAGCAUGGUCGCUCUGGCAAAGGACCCUGGGGAGUUUGAGUGCAGAUUAGAAAUGGGAAAGUUUGCGAAAGCAGCAACAAAGACUGUUUCAGUGACUGAGCUGUUUUCAGUGCCCACUCUCACAUUGUCUCCUGCUGAAGUCUUUCAAAAGGAGAAUAUGACACUGACAUGCAGGAGUGAGAGCUAUGCCUCUGAAAGACUCAGCAAAGAAGAGCUGACUUUUGCCCUUGAUCCACCUCAAAGCCACCUGAUGCUCAAAGGCCCUGGAGUGUUUUAUGGCAGGGUCCUGAAGUCUGACUUCAACUAUACCUGUGUGGCUCAAGCAAAGGGCAUCGUGAAACACAGCAGAACCCUGACUGUACGUCCCAAAGUUUCUGUCUCCAUUCCAAACAUCUCGGUGGUUGGCCAGGCUGUCCUACAUCAGUCUGUCAAAAUCCUCUGUAAGUCGGAUAUUGGCAGCCUGCCGAUAAACUACACCCUGCUGAAGGAUUCUGCCGAAGUGAGCACGAUCAGCAUCAAGCUGCCCUUUCAACAAGCUCUCUUCACAGUCACCAUUACCCACCCUGCUGAAAUAAGCAAGUUCAUAUGUGAGGCGAAAAAUAGUCACAAGAAAGCCCCACUCAGUAAAAGACUCAACGCUACAGUCAUAGUGCCUCUGACACACCCAACUUUGACCGUCAUCCCUGACAUAGCAGAAAUCUCUGAGGGAGAUCAUCUCUUCCUCAUAUGUGGGGUCGACGGAACACCCCCAGUCAUAUUUACGUGGUACCGAGUUGGCAAUCAACAACCCGUGCACAACACAACCUCCAACACAAACCACUCAAACUAUCAGGUUCCCUUGUUGUCUAAAGAGCACGCUGACAACUACUACUGCGAGGCCGUGAACCAUGCCAACAAUGUUGUCCGCAGUGACCCGGUCAUCAUAGAGGUGCGCAUGGCAUUGUGGAAGAAAGUGCUGAUCGGAGGAUUCUGUCUGCUGACGGGGGCGGUGUUGGUGGUGGUGUUGGUGCUGUGCUUCAAAUCCAAGAGAGGUAAAAGAGAAGCAGCCUCUGAAUUGUCAGUAAAGCCUUCGAGCCCUAAAUCAGAUGACUCUAAUCCACCCAUAACAGUGAAUCUAACCCACGACACAGAGGUUUUUAAUGCAGACACAGUGAGGGUCGACAAAGCAGCAGUUAGUGUGUGGAGCAAGCGCCCAGCUGAAUCAGCCGAUGACGAGGAGAGCAGCCUCGAGUCCAACGAGCCCGAUGUGGAGUACACUGAGGUGGUGCAUCCACAGCCAGCAGAUCCUGAGAGAGCCCCACUGAAAAAAGGCACGGACACCGUGUACAGCGAGCUCCAAAACUCUCCACAUGGGGCUGCUGACCAUCAUGACUAUGGAUCAGUGGAGUACGCAGAGCUCAACGGUGAACAACCCGAGAUUAAUCACCACCAUCCAGAAGUCAACACCUAUCAGGACCUGCCUGAGCCGGUGGAUUAGGGAUUUAAGUGAUUACCACCUUCUUUUUUAAUCACACAAUGCUUUGUUUCCUUUUCUUAGUAAUCCAAACUUUGUUAUCACUUCUAACAAUUACAUACUUUCAUUUUAAAAAGGCUUUAAAGAAUUGACUGCUAAGUACCCUGUACAUAUUUUUGUAUCUUAAUAAAAGGCAUGUCAAGUAUCCCA